AUGGGUGGCUUUAUAUUCGAUAUCCCUUUGCUUUGCAAUUACGCUCACUUUUUUCUUGUUGUCGCUUUUGACAUCGUGGAGUACAUCACGACGGCGGGGCGGAGGAGGCGGUGGGCGCCUUCGGGGGGCUUAUGGGCGGGAGGGCGCCCCGAGACGGACAUCCUGGACUUCAUAACCGACGGGGGCGUCGAGCACCUCCAGCAGAAGCUGCCGGGGAUUGUCGUGCCGCUGCUGGAAGGCUGGUGGGAGCUCAGUGACCCGGAAGAACCCAGGGACUGCUUGCAACAGAGCGUGUGCCAGGCCAAUGCUGUGCUUGCGCGUGACUACGGGGGUGCAGGAAGGGUCAUUGCAACGUUGAUAAGCAACGUGGGCAGCCGCAUGUUCUCAGGCUCCGACCCGCUGGCGAUGCGCGAGACGCUGGCCGCCGCGAGAACAGGACGCCGCAGGAGGGAAGCCUGUGAGGUGGCCUUCCCCUCCUGCCCCGGCCUGCGCCCCCGCCACCAGCAGCAGCGCUAUUCCAACGCCACUUGGCCUCUGGACGCGACUCCUCUGCGGCAAAGAAUAUUCCUUCUCUAA